AUGGCAGACACCGCGACGGAGGAUGGACUGUGCGCCAUGUGCAGGGAGACUGGCGCGAGGCUCUGCACCGGCUGCCGCAACAUUCGGUACUGCUCGUCGACCUGCCAAAAGAGCGACUGGCCCAUCCACAAGGCCCUCUGCAAGACGUUCGCAGACUUUGAUGACGACAAACGCCCCGGACCCGGCUACGUACGCGCCAUACUCUUCCCCGAGAAGGGCAACCAGCCCCACUUUAUCUGGGUGAAAAUCGUCCUUCCUAGUGAGGACCGGCUGGGACUUUUGGAUCUAAUCCCAAAGCCGGAGGAUCUUCCCGAGGAUAUGAAGCCGAUGCGUUCCCUGGAGGACAACUGGGUCUUGAAUCGGUACAUGGAGAAUAAGAUGAAGAGGAUCUUUGUCUGGGCGAAUGAAGAGCUCAAUAAGCGUGGCAACACGUCUAGCGGAAGGGAGAACCAGAGCUUGAAGGCGGUCGAUGAGGAGCUGUCUGGUUCCUGGAAGGGCUCGCUCCUCGGGAUCGGGGUCCGCGACGACGUCGACUACAAGGACCAGAGUUACGAUCUCGGGCCCAUGGGGUACCGGCAUAUCGUCGACUGCCUUCGGGUGGACUAUUGCACUACCGCGGACAUGGAGCGGAAUCAGGUCAUGGAAGAGAUAGUAGGGAGUGGACAGACCGUCUGGGGCGCUCGUAUAAACUGUAAAGGCGACAUAGACAUCUUCGGACGCCCUACUAUCGAACCGAUCCAGCUUCUAGUAUCCAUGUGUACUGAAGACUCAGACUGCCAGGCUCCCAUCGCAGACCGAAUCGGCAUCCCGCUUGUCUUACGCAAACUCCCUCCCUCGUUGCCGUGGCGCGGUCGAUGCACAACAUGCAAGAACGGGAAAGAAAACCCUGAUAUGAAUAUCAAUACCAGGCUCCUCAAUCCCCUCAUACCGCCGUGGCGCGAUGACGAUCGCCAUGUUCCCGGGAGUGUCACCGUCGUCCGCAGAGACGGAAAGCCAUUGCACCACGUACACAUUGCCGCGAUCCUCGAGUUCUGUGUCUUUCAGAGCACCGUCUUUGCUCAGAUUGGUAUGCUCGGCUUGAGGAGUUAUGGUCAGUUGAGUCAAGUGGGCAUCGUUGGGAGCGCGACCGAGGAGCAUUUCUUGUGGUGGUACCAGGACUGGGUUCGGAAGAACGCGGAGGCCGCGGGCGUUGGGGCUGAGGGCCUGCUGUCACCUUACGAUGUGUGA